AUCGAUGCGUUUGGUCUGUGGGGUAAAGAUGGCGGCGGCGGUCUCGGCUACACGUGAGUUGUUUGGAGAGGGAGUGCGCGCGGUUCUGCACACCUGGCCGGUUUUACAGAUAGCAGUGGAUAAUGGCUUUGGUGGAGCGUACAGUCAGCAGAAGGCUGAGUGGAUGGUUGAUGCAGUUCAGCAGUAUUUUCACGACAACAGUGAUCUACAGCAAGAUGAAGUGGAGGAUUUUCUAUCUGAUCUGAUGAACAAUGAGUUUGAUACCGUGGUGGAUGACGGCAGUUUGCCACAGGUGGCGCAGAAGGUGUGUAUGAUGUUCCAGCAGUGUCAGCAGGGUAAAGUGGCCGAGGUCAGGGAGCACAUCAGCCAGCUGGAAGCUAAAAAGGCUGCUGGGAGGGCAAAGGUCACACCUGUUAAAACACCUACAGAGGAGGACGAGGACAGCGAAGACGAUGAAGAGUCUAUGGAGUGUGAUGAGGCGGGAGCAGGAGGAGCGUCAGUCAGCGGAACAGUGGUGAACAGACAGCAGCCUCCUUCAGCUUCAGCUCCAGCCAAUGAGGAAGAGGACGAUGGCUGGACUGUGGUGCGCCGGAAAAAGUAAACACCAAAUCUACAGACAUGCAGGUUAAAUGGAGCACCAGUAACUUGAGUUCUGAAGAGCUUCAGGCUGAUUCUGCUCAAUUCCACUGAUCAGCUUUUUCACACGGUGCUGAGCUGCUCUGUCUGAAUGGACUUCUGGGUUCUGGUGGUAAAAGCAAUAGUAUUUUUUAUAUUACAGUGCUGAAAUAUCACAGCUGGGUAUUUAUUUAAAACAGCUCUGCCUGUAUUGUGCUCCUCCUUUACAAACACUCUAAAGAGCUCUGUGUUUCUCCGGCUGGUGUGUGAUCUAACAGUGCUGUUAUAUAACUCAGUAAUGCAGUAAGUGUUGCAGUCAGGCCUGUACUGUGUCCAGACUUUGGGAUUUGUUAUGGAGUGUGUUUUAGUGGACUGUGGACAUUUAUUUAACAGAUGGUAAAGAAUAAGCUGCAGCAGACGGACCUUCCUUCAUUUCCUCUAGUCUGUCCUCAAAAAUCUGGCCUGUGGAAUGAAUGGUAGUGGUGAGUGUGUUUUUAAGUGUGUGUAGAUGGCCCUCUUGUGGCCAGUGCAGGAUCUGCAGGACUGUAGCUUUGUAUGAAGAAUCACAGCAGGUGCUGAUUUUACUGAAUGAACUUCACUGAACUUAUUUCGAACUAUACUAAACUUGAGUGUCUUAAGCCCGAUCUGGACAGGAUUAGUGUCUCAGGGGGUCCUGGGCUAAUUUUUUUUCUUUUAUGGGAGAUCUUCUGUGAUUUUAUGUCCGUCCAAAAUAAGCUUGUAUAUGUUUUUGUCAGACAUCCUCUGAGAAAAUUACAAGCUGAAUUAUCUACUGUUUUCAGAUGCAAGUUUUAUCAGUGAGUAGAAGUGUGAAAUAUUUAUAUAUAUUUUUUUUACAGAUGUCCCCCUGAGAAACGAAUCUGGUCCAGAUAGGGCUUUUGUUAAAUGCAGGUCAAUGAAAAAUACAUGCAUUGUUUUGUGUUUAUCACUGUCAUGCAAAAACCUUCUAUCUCCUAAACUUCACAAGAGAAAUUUGCAUUACGAAAUGCUGAUGCAGGGAAACUGCCAAAUAUUGUAAAGUGGCAUAAAUGGAGAUACAAGGUUUCUGUCUGAUGGUGACUGUGUAAAAAAAAAUCUCUGCAUACUUUAUUAUCCUCUUUUCCUCCUGUUUUUCAAUGGUCAGUGGACCCCACAAGAGAAAUCAGUACUGAUAGGCAUGGUGGUGUGUAACUGUGUACAAUUGGAUGUGAUACAGCAGUGCUGCUGGAGUUUUUAAACACUCACUGACCCUCCUAUCUAGCUCUUGUAGAUCCAUCAUGUAGAUGGUUUGUGUUGGUCAUCCUCUAGUCUAGUUCAUUAUCAGUGCCCACAGAUCGAUCGCUGCUGGCUGGAUAUUAGUAGUUGGUGGUUUAUUCUCAGUCCAGCAGUUUCAAAAGUGUUUAAAAACUCCAGCAGCAAUGCUGUGUCUGCUGAAGACAAACUGUCCAAGUCAGAUUUCUCUUUUGGACCCCCUGCACCUUGUUUUAGAGCUAAGUAGCUAUCGGCGUAGGUAUUUAUAGUCUAAAUUACAGAACUAUAAAGUAGAGCUGAUUAAAUGGACAAUGUACAGUGAAAUGAUUUAUGUUUCAAAACCUUUAUAAUUGUUCAAAACUCCCCAAAAACACUGCCACUACAUUUGAUUGUGAUGGUUUAUUUGUUGGUAGUACACAGGUUCAGUAGAUCAUAUCUUUAUUUUGUCAAGUCUUCAUACAGUGCUGUAUGUUCACAAACAAGCAUUCCUCACACAGCGAACAAAUAUAUAAAAAAGUGAAUGCUCUUUUUUUUUCAUA